AUAGGGAACUGACUGUAAGCUUACUGAAACAAGUUCCAAUAAACUCAAAAUAUUAUCCUUUUUAAAAACCAACAUUUUGAAAAUCUAUAAUCAAUUAGAAAUUAAUUCUCAAACAUGGAUAUAAACAGUAAUGCAUUAUUUGUAUGAGGAACUUACUACAAGUUUUCUUGAAUAAGUAAUAAUAAAUAAAUAAAAGUAUAACUCAAAAAAAUUAACUUUUUCAGCAAAAUAAUAUUUCGAAUAUUUAUAAUCAAUUAAGAUUUGCUUCUUAAAAAUGGAUUUAGACAGUGGUUUUCGGAAAAUGGCCGCCUAUAUUAGUGAGGACGAGAGGCCAGAUAUAGAACCCUUACUAGACUUUAUUAAAGAAGAAUUUGCUCAUCCGCAAUUCCAUGUGUGGAAAGACUACCAGUUAUCACCUGGUGGGAAUCCUGCAUUAGUAGAUUAUGCAUACAAUGAAUGGAAGCCGUGGAAAAAUGAUGUCAUCGUCGCUUCUUUUCCUAAAACAGGAACCACUUGGUUGAGAGACAUAUGCAGACAUUUAUUUUACAAAAGUGACUCUGUUGCGUUCGAAAUGACAAAAUCCUUUAUGGGACCUCAUGUUUAUCUGGAAUCUGACAAUCUAAUUAAGUACGAGUUGUGGGAGAAGCUACCUUGGAAAAGAAGAAUUCUAGCUACACAUAUGAGCGCUGGUAUGAUGAACUUAGAACGACUACGUGCAAGUGGGGUCAAGAUAAUUUACAUCAUUCGUAACCCAAAAGAUCGACUCGAAUCAAUGUACAACAUGAUGCAAAACUUGCCUAUUCCAAAAGAUAAUAAAAUUUUCAGUCAAAUGAUGGGAAUAAACUCAUUCAGUGAUUUUGUAACAGCUGAUUUGGAAGGAAAACAUAUUGAAAUUAACUUGAAGAAAGGUGAAAAUUAUUUGGAUCAUAUCCUAUCCUGGUAUCCUCACCGAAAUGAUGAUAAUGUUAUGUUCGUUUGCUUUGAAGACAUCAAAAAGGACCCAAAAAAGGAAAUCUUAAAAGUUGCAAAGUUUUUGGAAGUGGAUUUGACCGAGGCAGAAGCUCAAAACGUUGCUGAUCUCACAACUUUUGAAAAAACAAAAGAAAGGAUGAAAAAUGUUCCCGGUGUACCUUCAUUUUACAACAAAGGUGCUGUGGGAAAUUGGAAAACUCACUUUACAGUUGCACUUUCGCGGAGAGUCGACAGAAUGGUGGAAGAGAAAUUAUCUUCAACUGACAUCAAGUUUACCUACCAAUUGUGAAACAAUCGUGAACUGUUUGUGCAAGACCAAUAUAUGUAUAUUGAUUGCUAAAGGCGUCAAUAUUUUUAAUUAACUUUACCUAUCCAUAAAUUGUAAUUUUUCAAUUAUAGUUCUAACACGUAAUUUGCUCUUAUGCAAUAUUAGACUUAUAGAAGUUAAAUAAAACGGUGGAAAAAUGGUCGGAUCUCAUAAAUAACUUUACCUAUCUAAAAAUUGUAAUUUUUCAAUCAUAGUUUUAACAUGCAAUAUGCUUGUAUGCAAUUUAUAGCCUAAAAAAAUAAAUAAACAGAGAAAUUGCAAAAACACUACUAAUUUGUCGAGUAACAAAUUUUUAAAGCGAAUGAAAAAGUGCUAACAAAGUGGAGGGACAUAACACGUUGCAUUAUCACUGUAUAUGAUGUGUUUUAACAAUAUAUCUCACUACCUUAUGCUAUCACACACAACUAAAACUUAUUUUACACCAAAACAUUAACAGUUAAUGCUAACCUUUACCUUUGUCUAAAUAGAAAAUUAAAAAAAUAGAAAAAUG